AUGGCUCCGCCACUUACCGUUCGUAAUUUGACCCCCGUCAGCAUCACGAUUCAGCGUGUUGAGCGAUUUGAAGACCCAGGCACGCUUCAGUCCAAACCAAGCGGAUAUUUCCUCGGCAGUCAGAAUUCCACUUCCGCCGCACCGACUUCACCUGAGCUCAGCGGACAUGCGCAAAGCUUCAAUCAUCAAGACCUUGAUAUUCUGUUGCAGCCCUUUGAGUCGUACACGCUAAGAUUCCCAGACUCGGAGCAGUCCAGCAAUACGCCUACUAUUUCAAAUCCAACCCUUCGUAUCACGGUUCGGACAUCCCAUGGUGAACGUCAUCGUAUCGAUGCGCACCCUUCAUACACGCAGAAAUCUACACAGUCCUUCACCCCACUGUCUGGAAUCUCCUCAACGACGUAUAAAGCACUCUUCCACCCAUCGAAACCGGUUCCUCAUCUCUCCAUUCAUGUCAAUCACCUUCCAGACUACACUUCUUGGAUGUCCACACUGCCAGAUGACCUACCAUUAUCGGCUAUAAGCAUCCCAGGAACGCACAAUUCGCACACACACUACCGAGCUCUCCCAUCUGUUCGUUGCCAAGUUCACGAUGUAAAGACACAGCUGGAGAACGGUAUUCGAUUCCUGGAUAUACGGGUGCAGCCAACGCAUGCUACAGAUGCAUCGAAGAAAGACCUCUACCUCGUACACGGUGCAUUCCCAGUCAGCCUGACAGGGCCAAAGUACCUCGAGCCGAUCUUGAAGACAUGCUAUGACUUCCUUCGAGAGAAUCCUAGCGAAACGGUGCUAGUAAGUCUGAAACGAGAAGGGGUAGGAAGCGCAACGGACGAACACCUUGCCCGCGUUCUAGAAGAGCAAUACAUCACACCCAAUGCGCGUCACUGGUAUACGGAAAACGCGAUACCGUACUUGGGAGCUGUGAGAAGCAAGCUGAUUUUGGUGCGGCGGUACAAUGUAGCUCAGAUUGAGAACUCUUAUUCGAGCCCGGAUUGUAGGAACGGUGGCCUGGAUGCAACGGCAUGGCCGCAUAACGCAACUCACGCCGUCUUCCCAUCGCAAUCUUCUUCACCAACCUUUUGUCUGCAAGAUUUCUGCGAGGUCAUGGUACCCGACAUUAUUCCAACGAAGAUGCAGCAUUGCAACGACCAUCUUGUGCGCUCUGCUGCUGCCGUCCACCCUAUUCCUGGCAUAACAACAGACGUCACAAAUCCAGUGCCACCAGGUCCCUUGUAUCUUAAUUUUCUCUCUGGAAGCAACUUCUGGAAGAAAUCCUGUUGGCCUGGAGCUAUCUCUAAAAUUGUCAACAGGGGUAUGGAGGAAUGGCUUUGUGAGGGGCAUCAUUUGGAGGCUCCUAACACAACGUCCCGCCACCCGGAUGUGACAGACGAAGGGGAAGAGAAGGGGAUAAAGAGGGCAAAGAGUGGUGAUGGUAGUACGGGUGUUGUUGUUAUGGACCAUGUGGGUGAACAUGGGGACUGGGAGUUGGUCAAGCUGAUCGUGGGCAUGAACAUGGGAGUGUUGGCGAAGAUGAAGACACUCGGGAAGAGUUGA